CUUAUCAAAUGAUUUCACACGCAUUACAUCACUGAAAAAUUCAAAGCUGCAUUUUUCCCUGUAAAUUGAAGUAUAUGCGACAACAAAGAGCAUCUGAUUCUGUCAGAGCUCUUUUGACUUUUUAGAAUACACCAAACCAAAUUUCCCACGCAGAGAAUUUAAAGUUGAAGCUGCAAUAGUCGGCAAAUUUCGUAGUUUUAUUUCUAUUUGGUAGGUGAGUCGGCUUUACAACGUGUACAAUUUAUUCCUGUUUUCAAUUUAAAUCUCUAUAAAAACCUGCAAUCUGCAGCGCAAAACUCAAGCGCCAUUUGAUUCGAUUAGUGUUCGCAAAUACGAGCCUGAAUUUGGAUAUACACAGUAAAUAUCGGAGUAGGGGGAAUAUACACACUAAAUAUCGGAGUAGGGAGAAUAUACACAGUGAAUAUCUGUCAUGGCGGAAGUGCAGAAGAAGCGAGUCGUUAUUGUGGGAGGCGGAGUUGCAGGGGCAAACACUGCUAAGGCCUUGGAAAACCACGCUGAUGUCACGCUCAUCGAUCCGAAGGAGUAUUUUGAAAUACCAUGGGCGAGACUAAGGUGUAUGGUGGAGCCAAGCUUUGCGGAAAGAUCAGUGUUUCUGCACAGCGAGUAUUUGAAAAAGACGACACUGAUAAUGUCGACUGUUACAGGCGCUACGGAGGAAGCGGUGAUAACUGCGUCAGGGGAACAGGUGAAGUAUGAUUAUCUGGUUAUUGCCACUGGCACUCCUUUCGAUGGCCCUUCUUCCAGAGCGCAGAGGCUCCAACAAUUUGAAGCAGAUAACAAGAAAAUUAAAGAUGCCAAGACAAUUCUAAUAAUUGGAGGAGGACCCACUGGAGUAGAGCUAGCAGCUGAGAUAGUAGUGGACUUCCCAGAGAAAAAAGUUAUUCUCCUCCACUCUGGUCCUAGGCUUAUUGAUUUUUUAGGAGAGAAGGCAUCAAGAAAAGCAUUGGAUUGGAUGAAGGAAAAUAAUGUGGAGGUCCACCUCAAUGAACGCAUUGAUUUGAAUAACAUUUCAGAGACAACAUUAAGCUUCACCACAAAUAUUGGGAAGACUAUAAUGGCAGAUUGUCAUUUUGUCUGCAUAGGCAAGAAGAUGGGGUCCUCAUGGAUGAAGGAUUCAAUGCUUAGGGAUGUUGUGGAUGAACGGGGCCAAAUCAAGGUGUAUAACACUCUACGAGUCGACGGAACAACCAAUGUGUUUGCAGUCGGGGAUAUCAUUAAUGUUAAGGAAUUGAAGCAAGGAGUAUGUGCACAAAAGCAUGCAUCAGUGGUUGCAGAGAAUAUAAAGAAGCUCUCUAAAGGUUCAGAUGAAUCAAAAUUGGGCACUUACAAACCAAGUUCAGAUAUUGCCUUAGUGACCCUUGGAAGGUACAUAGCAAUUGCACAGCUACCCUUUGGAACAUUUUCUGGCCGCCUUCCUGGCAUGUUAAAAUCCAAAGACUUGUUUGUUGGACCUACUAGAAAAGGCUUUGGACUUAAAUAUUAAAGUAUCUCAAAAAUUAUAAGUUGAAAUGUUCAUGUACUAUUAAGGUUUUUGGUGAGUUACUAGUAAGCCUUUAGGGACAUGGUGUCUAAUGUUCUUUGAAAAUAAAAUGUUAUUUACAUUUCAUGUCGACAAGCAAUCCAAAAAGGUUUUUCUUCUUAA